AUUUUUUUCCGUUGACUCUAAAGCUGUGGUAUUACAUGCAAAUUUUUGUUUUGCAACAUAAUGAUUUUGCAAAAAGCACUCAGUGCCAGCGUCAUGCCUCAACAGGCAUGAUUCUGAUAUUUAGGAGGGCAAAUGUGCAAGCCAUGAAAGGGAGUGUGUUCAGAUUUCAAGAAUCGCUGCACUCUGGGAGAGACAAUGACCCGUGAAACUGUCGCUAUCCGGAUUUAGCUCUAAUAAGGAGUUCAUGAACAGACCAUGCUAUAUUUAGAGUUCACUUUCUCUCAUUUAUCUGGACUUUUAGGUGUGAAAUUCUUCUUGAUUUGGAAGCAAAGCAAAUAUUUGAUCUGAUAGAGAGUCAGCACUUUAAGGUAAGCGCUUUACCUAACAACAAGAGCUUGUCAAUCAAAUAACCUUGCACAGAGACCAUUGUUUGGGCAUGCAGACAUACAAGUAAUUGACAGCUCUGAAUAGGUGUGGGCUUUCCUUGUGUACUUAACAGAAAUGGGAGUUAAAGGUGUAACCAUAGAGAGUAUGAGAGGGAGGGGUGAAGUGGAGGUACAGCCAGAGGGAGAGUCAUAGAGGGUGGAACUGACAGAGGGGGGCGAGGCUGUCAGGAAAAGGGAAAUGAAGGAGUAAGCAAGAUUGUGCCUGCAAACACAGACUCACUCUCACAGAGUGCAGCUAACAUUAACAGCGGACAGACAUGGUUGCAGAGAAACUGGAGGAGGAAACAAGGAGCGAGUGAGGAAAACAACAAGCCAUCAGCAGCCAACCUUAGCCACAUUAUCUUUCUCAUCUAUAUACGGAAAUCACUGGGUAAUUUAUAAGCCUCUCCCUCUGUGAAUUUGUGUGUGUGUGUGUGUGAGAGGAGGGGGGGGGGAUCUGCUAAGCUCACCACCAUCAUGCUGUGUCCUGCUGCUGUCAGUGCAGCUGCUGCGGCUGUCUGCCUGCUGGCAGUGCUGGGCCUAGGCCUGUCUCUCCCAGCUGAGGACAACUCGGAGGCAGACUUCACCCUCUGCAGCAACUGCUUCUACAGACAGACGCCUCCUCAGGGAUCCUCUGCAGGGCCGCUGCUGCGCCCACGCUGCCACAGGCUGCCGGGAGGGCAGGCGUUUGCCACUCUGUCCAGACCGACCUGUGACACAGCUGUCUACUCUGCCUUCCAUCUCCGCCAGGGAUGGACUGAGAGGGAGGGAGAGGAGGAGAGAGAACCUGUGACAGAGCAGGAAGAAGACAUUAAAGUGGCAGCACCAGCUCUUCUCAGAGGAGGUGCGGAUCCAUCUCAUUCUGUCUCGCCCACAGACUCCCCUUUUCACCACUGGGAUUCAACAGUCACAACACUGGUCCAGUCAAGCGUGUCUCCCCAGUGCAGCACUGUAGGGGGUGAUCUCUACAUCCUUACUGGAGCGGGAGGACUCGGGGCUGCUGAGGAUGGAGACGAGGAGUGUCAGACGAAGCCGCUGUGGUCUGCGGCGUGCUGUGCUGUCCCGCAGGGGAAGGGUGGCUUCAGCGUUGGGUUAAUCAGAGAGACGGAGGAAGGGGUGAGGCAAGUGAGCGUGAAGGAGCUGGAAGACAUGCUAGGAUUGGCAGAAAUGUUCUCUGAAGGCUGCGGAGGAGGAGAUGGGAAAAGUGUUGAAGUCGGAGUUGGUCUCCACAGUGAGGGACUUCCUGGAAAUACAGAUGUGCAGACAGACAUUCUGGAAAGCCGAGAGGCGUCAAUAACUAAAGAACAGGCAGCUAAUUCUCAGUCAGGGAAAGCUGAUGGUGCUGACGCCAUGCAGGAAACUUCAGCAGAUGCAGCAACUUCUGAGAGCAGCAACUCCGACUCCUCAGCUGAACAUGAAACUGCUGAAGAGACGAACACAAACUCCACCAGCACUCUGGUCUCCAUCCUCUCCACCACCUUCUCCAUCUUCAAAUUUCCUCUGCGUCCUGUAUUCUCUACAAUCACACAACUACCUGGACAGGUCACCUAUGUUCUCCAGGAAGACCUUGGAGUUCUCUCUACCCUGCCUGGAGAGACCUUCACCCUGUUCCAUCUACUGACCUCUGACCUGCUCUCCUGGAUGGGCACAGCAGGAGAAAUGCUGCUAGGUAUUGGGGAGACCUGCUUCUGUAGUGUUUAUUACUGCACCUCCUCUAUGAUGGGGGAACUGCUGAGCAGCUGCCACAUUGGGGUCACUGGUCUGGGCACCCUGGCUGGAGACACGGUGGGGGUAUUUGGUGAUGCUUUGGAUAAUGCUUGGUCGGUGACCAAGUUCUUUGGAGGGCGGCUGUGGGAGCAGAGUGAGGGUUAUGUGGGAACAGUGAUGUCAGAGAUGGGAGGUCAAACACAAGCUGUAGGAGGAGGUUUUGGAAGACUGGUAUGGAGAAGUGGGAAGGGAGUGAUCAAUGUGUUCAGGCUGGGUGGAGGGGUUAUAUUUGGAAUGGUUGAUGUAGUCUUUGGGGAUGUAAGAGAGGCCUUUGGGCAGGAGUCGAAUGAAGAAUGAAAGAAAAAAAUAAGACUCAAGAUGACACCUUUAAUAAACGUUUUUCCCUGAAGUUUCAGUUUUGGUUUGUAAAUUUCUUCCAGAUAUGAACGUGUGAAAAACUAAUUAAAGAUGAUGUAAUUUGAUAUGCCUUAGUUGUUACAGAUGGUUUGCUGGAUUUAUUUUUGAAGUAAAAUAGUGAUGGAGUAAAUUUCACUGCAUUUCUUACACUGUAGGUCUUACAAUUCACUGUGGAAAACUGGCUGCCCAAAUAGUCUGCUGUACUUGAGAGCUUAACCAACUGUGAUUUGAAUAACACUGUGCACACUCUGCUAUUGGAUGUAAUUACUCAAGACAACUUGUGUGAUAACUGUCACAUCUGUAAAUCUGAAUAAAAGAGUAUGCUGGGUUACCAACAUGACAUGCACCAUUUCCUUGAAUUUCCUUAAUUGAAUAUUCUUGUUUCCUUCUUCCAGUAGUACAAUUUGACACAUAUAUGUAUAUUUACCCAGUUACCCAGUCACAUUAUACUUCUACUGCAAACUGUAUUUUUAGACAGAAAAAAUGACAUUAUUUUACAGAUUAAACCAUGAUGAUGUUGGUAAUACGUUUUUACCAGUUCAGUAAACUGCUGCUUUAUUAUACUAUUAUACUAUAUUUAUUAUACUGCGUUAUUUAUACUAAAUGACGAUGAAAGCAAAACUAAUAUAUCAUCUAACCUGCAAGAUGAGUCUCUACCACAGAUAAAUUUUUAUUAUCGAGGGCACAUGAGAUAUAAAACAUUUGUUAUGCCUAUUUGCAUGCAAAUAUAUUGUUUUGGUGUAAUAUAUAUAUCAACAGACAUUGUAGUGAUUGAGUAUAACAGUCCAAAUAACAACAUCUGGAGGAAGGAGCGCGAAACAAUAGAGUACCAGGGGCUUAAGGUGGAAGGUAAAGUGGCCGAGAGUUUAAGAGUCAUUAUGUGUGUCAAUGUAUUUAAAUUUGAAUAUAUGUGUGUGUGUAAUUAAAUUCAGUCAACUGAUUGUAAUUUUUAUUUUUUUAAUAAAUACUUGC